AUGACAUGGACAUGGAGGAUGAACAAAAUUAAAGAAGGCGAAGCAGAAGUGCAUGCAAGUAAUGCAUGUGUCUUUAGUAUUAGGCGAGCAGCAUGCUACAGGUCAUACAGAAAGGAUCCAGUAUUCUCCAUAUAUUGGAAACAAUUCAAGGAUAGGAAGCAGAAGCUCAGGAACUGCUUGUGGAUUUUAUUGUCAUAUCGAAUUUGA